UGCCCGGCCGGGACCUACGGCCUCGCGGGCGAGUCCUACUGCGUCGACUGCCCCGCCGGCUCCUACGCGGCCGCCGCGGGCGCGACGACGUGCACGGUCGCGUCCGCGGGGUCCUCCGUGCCCGCGGCGGGGUCCACCGCGCAGACCGCGUGCGCCCGCGGGACGUACGCCGCGAGCACCGGCAUGAGAUCGUGCGCCGCGUGCCCCGCGGGCGCCUACGCCCCCGCCGCCGGCGCCACGGCGUGCACGCGGGCGUCCGCCGGGUUUUAUGUCGCUUCGGACUGGGCCGUCGCGCAAGACGCGUGCGCCUCCGGCACCUAUUCGGGCUCCGGCGCGUCCGAGUGCUCGAGCUGCGCCGCCGGGACGUUCGCCGCGACCGAGGGCGCGUCGACCUGCGCGCUCGCGGCGGCGGGCUCCUACGUCGGCUCCGGCGCCACGGAAUGCGCGCCCUGCGACGCCGGGACCUUCGCCGCGGCCGAGGGCUUAUCGACCUGCGCGCUCGCCGCCGAGGGCUCCUACGUCGACGCCGCGGGCGCCUCCGAGCAAGUCCCCUGCGCCGCGGGCACCUACGCGGCGGGCAACGGCGCGUCGUCGUGCGCGGCCUGCCCCGCGGGGUCCUACUCGGACUCCUCCGGCGCGUCCUCCUGCGCGCUCGCCGGCGCGGGCUACACGGCCGGCGCGGCCGCGUCGGAGCAGACCCUCUGCCCCGCGGGCUCCUAUUCCGGAAGCGGCGCGUCCGCGUGUGUGGCCUGCGAGGCGGGCCGCUACGCGCCCGGCGAGGCCCAGUCCAGGUGCGCGCUCGCGUCCGGCGGCACCUUCGUCGCCUGGAGCGGCGCGACGGCCGCCGCGGCCUGCUCCUCGGGCCGCUACUCGGGCUCCGGCGCGACGUUCUGCAGUUUGUGCGCGGACGGCACGACGUCCGACGCGGGCGCCGCGACGUGCCGCCCGACGGAGGCGGGCUAC